UCUAUCAAUGCCACAGAUCACAGAGUAACAUCUGUAAUCUGUGAUCUAUGCUUAAUGCAAAUCCAAACAUUACACACUUUAGUGGUUUUUUGUGUUUAUAUGGUGUUUGUCUAUCUCUUGUUUACGGUGUUCGUCUAGCUGUUUCUGUGUAGUACAUUACGAAAUCUGGCUGUGAUAUUUGGAAGGGAAGACUGAAAUCCUCAUAGAAAAAUUACAGGCAAUUUAACAGAACCAACGUAAAUAUGACUUCAAUUGUGUUGCUCAAACAGCUGAAACUAUUGCAAGAACAGGAGCUCUAUUCGAGCAUAAUUAAAAUUUGCGUAUUAUCAUUAACAGAGAUUGAACAAAAACCCGAGUACUCCACUUUGCUGCGAAAAUUUCACAUUUCCCUAUAUUAUGCCGAUGCGUUGUAUCAAACAAGAAACUUUACACAAGCAGAAAAUCAUUACCGUCAAGCGCUCCAAAUGAGAAAAACCAUUGUAAGCAAGACGAAAAACGUACACAAAAAAGUUAUAGAAAACCAAGACGAAAUAGCCAGCGAUGUGGACAUUAAGUACAAAAUAUAUCGUUGCUGUCUGGCGUUAAAUCAGAAAAAUGCUGCAGCGGACAUCUUGCAAACGAUAGCAGCUAGACAACGAACACCUAAGAUUUAUAUGGCACUGGGGAAUAUUUACAAGGAUGUCGGUAUGGAUAGGUUAGCCAUAACGUGCUUCAAGGAGGUGCUUAGAGAGUGCCCUUUAGCCAUUGAAGCUAUGGAAAUUUUACUUAAACUGGGUGUUAAUGGUGUUGAAGUAAACUCUUUGGUAAUGGAAGUGUCAUUAGAAAUAACUUGGUUAGGUACUUGGAUCAAAGCGCAAGCCCAGUUUCUUGCAAAAGAUUAUGCGAGUGCUAUACUAACAUACAAAAGCCUGGACACCCAUGGGAUGCUUAAAGACAACACUGUUUUAACUGUUAACAUGGCAUAUUGUUAUUAUUACAUGUGCGAAGAUAGCAAAGCGAUAUCUCUUUUGCAAAAAGCCGUUCGAAUUGAUCCAAAUCUCAACUGGGGUCUAGCAUUGUUGUCCACGCUCUUAGCAGCCUCAGGCAACAAAGAGUAUCAGUAUGAACUAGAAAAAUUAACACCGAAUUUAGAAACCUCCUUGUGGACCGACGAACACUGGGUGGUUUUAGGAAAUCUCAUGUUGCUCCUCAAGAAAUACGAAAGAGCCGCAUAUUUCGGCCAGCAAGCCUGCAUGAUGGGCAAGAACGUGGAAGCCCUACUUUUACGAGCAAACGCGUUGUUUUUUUUAAAGAAGUAUCAAGAAGCAGCUGUACAAUGUACAAACGCUUUACAGAUUGCUCCAUUUAGAUAUGACCUUCACAAAUGUUUGAUAUUGUGUUACCUGAAUUCCAACCGGCUAAGAGAAGCGGAAUCCAUGGCAUUGCACGCGUGUAAAGUAUUAAACUAUACGCCUCAAGCUUACUGCUUACAUGCAUCUUGUCUUCUAAAAGACCCACUGGCCACGAUGAAAAAUACUCGUCGAAUUUUGGAAAAAGUCGUUGAACAGGACAAGCAAGGCCAUACGGAUGCAGUUUAUAUGCUAGCAGAUUUGCUAAUCCGAGAGCAACAGUAUGACCAGGCAACUCAGAUACUGUUAAAGGCUUUGGACACUCAAAAACCCACAUCAAAGUUGCAUCAGCUUUUAGGAGAAUGUUAUGCGAACUUGCAAAAAGACGAUGAGGCCUUCAAUAAUUACACAAUAGCGAUGAGGCUCGAUCCUCAAAACCAAAGAGCAACGGAAGGUUUAAACAAUAUAGAGCGAAGGGAAAGGUUUUAUUCAACAACAGAAAACAGUUACAGUUCAAGACGAGCAAACUCUGAUCACGAAGCGGAUGCUGAAAGCGACAGCGAGCUAUGGAAUGGAUCAGUGGACAUGGCCAAUUUUGAUUCCUAAUGUUGCUAUUAACUAUUUAUUAAGCGCCAUUUAAGUGUCUAAAUAUAUGAUAUUUUUUAUUUUUAAAUAAUUAUUCUAGACGUCAUUCUAAAUCGUGUAAGCGGCGGUUCACAUGUGGUCAUUAAUAAGUGCUAAAUUCUUCCGGAUUCAAAAAUAUUUUAGAAAUGUUAUAUUUCAAGUAGCGUCAAUUGUUAGUCACCCCAGAUGGAAAUUGUAAACUGAUUAAAAUUGGUUUAAAAGUGCCAUAAAUCUUGGAAA